ACCAUGACAGAGGAGAUUGAGUCUCUACAUAAGAACCAGACAUGGAAGCUUGUGAAGCCACCAAAGGGACAAAGAAUUGUUGGAUGCAAAUGGGUCUUCAGGAGAAAAGAAGGAAUCCCAAGGGUAGAGACACCAGAUUCAAGGCUAGAUUGGUUGUGAAGGGUUUCAUACAACGAGAGGGUAUUGAUUUCCAUGAGGUAUUCUCUCCUGUGGUAAAACACAGCUCUAUUCAUGUUUUACUUGCCAUGGUUACUUUAUAUGAUCUUGAGUUGGAGCAGCUUGAUGUAAAGACUACUUUCUUACAUAAUGAGUUGGAGGAACGAAUUUAUAUGUCUCAGCCAGAGGGAUUCAUAGUUUUAGGAAAAGAAGAUCAUCUGGACCUUGUUGAUUGUCGAGCCUCUGUUGGUGCAAGUGAUGGUGCAAUAGCGAGAACAGUUGUAAGGGAUGUUGGGCUAGUUGAGCGAAACUAUGAAGGUUCUCAAAUGUAUUGUGAGUGUGGCUUCAAGGCACCAAGGUGGACUUUGUGGAGAUCGUGGAACAUUGGGAGACGAUUUUAUGGUUGCCGGCACUUCUUGAAUGAGCAUGACUUGGAAUUGUCACAUGAGAGAGCCAUUGAAGUACUGAAGUUGUUGAUUACUAAGAAAAAGGCUCUUACAAUAGAAAAUUCAGCAUUAAGAAGGCAAUUAAGAAACAGAAUGAAUGGAAGUGCAGUGGUUGAGUCAAGCCACACCAUUUCUACAAUAAAUGAGGGCACCAUACAAAAAUUGGAUGAAAUUAUCGAGAAAACUAUGGCAAAUGCUGUGAAUGAUAUUGUUGAAAGGAAAUUUGAUGUCUUGAUUGCAACCUCUGUUGGUGUUGAGCUCAAAAAAUUAAUGGUUCAUACCGUAUUUGGUGUCUUUGUCAUGAUGGUUACGUAUUUGAUGCUUUGAGUGUUGUUCUAAGUGAGUAGGUGGUGUUUCAAGUGUAAAUGUAUGGCCUUUGUUUUGGUGUUUUGUGGUCAUAUGUGAUGACCAAAAUUUUGGAAGCUUGGAGAACAUACCUAUCAACCAUUGUAAUGUAAUUGAAUAUUGAUGAGCCUAAAUUUCAUACAAUUAUACAUGACUUUUUAGUCAUUAAUUGUCGUCUUUUAUAUUUUAUUGGAACGAUUUUAUUUGGUUUUACAUUACUUUUAUCAUUCUUUGUAGGUAGAGGGUAAAACUAAAGAAAUUGAGAGUAA